GACAACAUCUCGCAUCUCUCAAACUUCCAAGUCAUUGCCGCCACCGCGAAAAAAGAAACGGUCGGCCAGGGUGGUCCUGAAAUUCUCAAUCGGUCGCGAACACAUUCAACCGAAAACAUUCUCGCACACAGCAGUUCCGGCAUCAUGACCAUCGCAACCAUGACUGUGGCAGGCGCGGGGACCUUGACGACUAUACCAUCUUCCACGUCCUGUUGCCCAAACUGUGGCUUCAAGGUGGACCUGCCACCCUUUGAAGAAACACAAGCGGCCCUCGCCAACGCGCAGAAGCAGAUCUCCGACCUCGAAGCCCAAGUGCGCCUCCUCAACCAAAAAGCCUCCGCCGCCGUCGAUCGCUGGGCCGACUACGAAGACGAACUCGCCAGACUGCGCGCCCAGCUCGAGUCACGACCGAAAACCCCCACACCACCGGUCGACUCCGCAUCAAACCAACAACCAACCUCUCUCCCAACCCCGCCCAGCUCCGUAGCCGGGCUCCCUACCCCGUCGCCCUCUCGCGCCUCAUUUCUCACCACCAGCGCCGCAUCCCGCAUCUCGGCUCUCCUCUCGCGCAAGUCAGCCCCGAACCUAAAACCUCUCCCCUCAGCACCACCACCACAAUCCUCCCAGCGAUCGUCGCCGGCGGCACCAGGACCGAGUCCCAUCCCGUCACUACCCUCUUCCGCGUCGUUCGCAACAUCCACCACCGCCACCACCACCGCACGUGCCGGUCCCGCCUCCCCGCCACCAUCAGUACCCACCUCGAGCCACCUGACGACCGAAGACCUGCUCUCCGCGUUGUCGCGCGAGCAGGCGCUGCGGCAGGAGGCCGAGGCCAGGAUGCACGACGCGAGCCGCGAGGUGGAGGAGCUGAGCGCCAGCCUGUUUGAGCAGGCCAACGAGAUGGUGGCGACGGAGCGGCGGGCGCGGGCGAAGCUGGAGGCGCGGGUGGGCGAGUUGGAGCGGCGCGAGGCCGACAAGAGGAAGAGGCUGGACAGGCUGGAGCGGGCGGUCGGGAGGAUCGACAGGGUGAGGAGCGUUCUGGGGGAACUUGAGGAAGAGGAGGGGAGGGCAAAAUGAGGAAAGGGUGGAAAGGGAGGAAAUGCAGGGAGGGCGGUAUAUGACGACAUGAUAUAACACCGGUUUGGGAAUGGAAAGCCCCAUAGAUACGGUAAGGUCUCGCUGACCGAGUUCAUAAUUGGGAUUGCAUCUGGGGAUAUAUCCGGCACAGGUAGAGGUACAUAAGCGAUGGGAGGUUACGGUCGGGAGCAGGUCUGGGGCAUCGGAACACGCAUCUUGGUAGGCGUUGCAGGUAGAACAAGAGUUUG